UAAAACCUCAGAAGAAGAAUUCACUGUUUAUCUGCAGGUAGAAAUGGUUAGGCUUCUAAUACUUUUGAAACAGACUUUAAACCUGUAGUUAUUUGUCACCCGUUGUCAGAUAAAAAAUAUUUUAUACCAUGAAUCCUCGUGAGAACGGCGGUGGGGAGGUUAAUGUGAUUGCACGGUGUCUAGAAGACGCGCUGAAAGUGGCUCUGAGCGGGGCGUUUGAGGUCGCGAUGGAGAUCGCAGUGAAGGAAACCAGCAAACUGAUGGCUCAAGUGCUGCAGGAUGUGCGCGGUCAAAUACAUGAAACCCAACAGGAGAACAUCAACCUCAAACUACGACUACAGCAGAUCCAUGCUGAACAAGACAACCCGAAACAACUCACUGCUGACCCGAACCAGAGCAGAAUCAACUCGGACCCAGAAAUGGAGUUUAAAACAGAAAUCAUGGAACACACAGAACCAAGUGAUCAGGGCCAAUCACCAUUUCAGACAGUGUUUACACAGGUCUUGGUGAAAAAUGUAAAGCCAGAACCAGAGGAUCCAGUCUUAGAUGGCAGAUCUGGUUCUGAUGCUAGACCAGACUGUUGUUUUGACCAGAAGUCUAAUGAGGAAUGUGGGCUAGAUAGAAUAUUUGUGGCCCAGUCUAAACUGUUUUGUAGACUUGAUUCAGAGCAGCUACACAGUGAGACAGGAUCACUGGAUGAAGAAGCCAGCCUUGGAAAUGGUACCUCAGAAAAUACUUUGUCAUUCAAUGGCGGUCUAUCUUCUUUAUCCACACCAUUUGAUGGCCUUUAUCAAUCAGAAGACAAGACUUUCAUUCCACAGACACUGCAAAACUGUAGAGACCAACUGGAAACAAAUGUACACUCCAGCCUGUAUGUUUGUCAAUUCUGUGGUCAUUCAUUUCAUAGUGAAAGUAAUCUACAUAAUCAUCACAUUAGAUACCACAAUACUUUAUUAAAGACAGUGGAGACGGAUGCCCACGAAACCAGGCCAAGAAAGAAAAGACUGGUAGUUUUUGCACCCGGCUCCAGCCCGUAUCACUGCAGUGUGUGCAAUCAGAACUUCAGUUGCCAGCAAAGCUUUAGAACUCACACAGAGAUACAUACUGGUGACCAUUCAUACACUUGUACCUUAUGUAGUGUACAGUUUUGCGAUGUGGAGGAACUGAUAAGUCAUUUCCGCAUUCACAUAAAAAAAACCCUUUUGCGUGUUUAGAGUGUGGAAAAAGAUUUGCGAAAUCUGCAGGUCUAAAUUUCCACAUGAUAUCAUACAGACCUGCGGUGGAUACAUUGAGAAAAUGAUGCUGCAGAAGAGUUUUUCCACUAGAAACAAUAACACAUACAAUCAAAUGUUUUAUUUUAAAAAGUGUAUCAUGGUUUUCCUAUUUUGUAUUGGUUUCCACUAAACCAUUAACAUUGUUUAUGGAAUUGUGAUUUUUUUUUAUUUUUGCAUUAUCAUUAAAGCAAACUAUUAUUAAACAAAGACAGCAGAUAUCAGGCAAGUUGGACAGAUGAUGUCUGGGAGUUCAAACUUACUGUUCCAGAUUUUGUGUCUUUCCCUCUUUCUUUAAUAUUCUAGACAGGCACAAGAAUUAUGCCUCUUUGAUAUGGUGGUAACAAUGUAAGAAUACAGUUUGAUUGUGAUCUAUAAUUAAGUUACAGGUUGCUUAUGUGUGAGGUCAAGAAAUCUGCCUUGCUUUGGAUAAAAACAGAAACCCUUAAACCUUGAAGUAACAUUAAAGUGAUAGAAAAUUAGAUUCAAAGGAAACAUAAUAACAUUAAAAAUAUAUAAAAUUGC